AUGAGCAACACCAAGAUACACUAUCAGCCUCUCCAACGACACAGACGAAGAUCCGACCAUGUCUCUCCCACCUCACCCUCUUUUUCCAGGCGAAUCGGCGACCGUCCAAAUCGACUCAGCGAUGCUAUUAGCCCUGUCGAAGCCACCUCGGGUACCGACGACUCGGAUAGUCCGUCUCGCAACCUCGCCCUAUCUUCUCCCUCCUGCGACCGUUACACCGCCUUGCCCUCUGCGCCUCCUCUCACACAAGGCUUCAUCAAUGACCAAACCGCUUUCCAAAGAAGCUCCGACGAGACGGGUCGGCCGAGAUAUCGCACCUCCAACGAGGCUGCCCGCCCGGCCACCAGCGAUGCAAUAGAUCCCCAUCAUAUAACUCCUCAUACAAGACCGUCACCCAAUGCGCAAGGCUUCUACCACUCGAAACCCUCUCCGGUCUCGUACGUGUCGAGCCCUCCAGAACCUCGUGGAAGAAUAUCAUCCGAAACGCCCAUCAAGUCCAGCGACUAUGGGUCCUCUCCCAGCUUGCGAACCUACAGCUUUGAUCGUGCCAUGCACGAUGACUCGGGGUCAGCGAAGGGACAUGCAGGGAAAAAGAGCCGGUUGAAUCUGUUGAACCCGAUGAGUCUCUUGGCCCGGCGACGCGCUUCCCAGAACCAGAAGCUGGAAGAUGUCAGUCUCAGCAUCAAAACCUUGUCAGUACCAGCUCUGCCGGACAAUUUCGACCCAAGCAUCCGAGGCAAGGUCGUGCAUGACUUUUCGGCUCCGCGCGCUCGUCGGAUCUAUUCGCACAACGACAUCACAACCCUCGAGUCUCCGGUAUUACGCUCUGGAUAUGGACCUGAUCCCAGCCGAACUAGCGAGUCGCCGAAUCCCAGAGUUGGGUCCGGCGGGACACCACCUGUGCCUCAUAGCCCAAUGUUUAAAGAGCAUUUCCAGGAUGACAGACCGUCGUUACAACCGGAGCGGACAGGGUAUUUGCACAACAUCAGUGCCUUCGGUACCGCCAAAGUCUCGGAGGAGCCGGAGCGAGUGCCAGCCUUUGCCAAAAGGCUACCCCCGACGGUACCUCAACCGGGUGCGCAGACGGACUCUCGACAGGGUGGAAAGGAGAAUCUCCCAUCUCCUGCGCCCAAGGAAUCAUCACCAUCGCCAGCACCGUCUCCGCCAACACCGCCCCCGAAGAGUACACCUUCGCCUAGGUUUGAUGCGCCGCCACCUGCAGUGCUUCCCAAACAUAUGACAAGUACGUCUUCUCGCUUCAGUUUCCAAAUCGGCGAAUCAGGGUCAUCAGCACAGGAGAAGUUACUGGAGGAAAAGCACAAAGAGCAUGAAGCGACCAAAAAGUCCACCUGUCCGGAUGCUGGAGAGGAUGAGGACGACUAUGACAACUAUGACUUUGAUGCGGACGAUGGGUUGGAGGAGAAAAUCCCCGGGGUCAAUGCCGACUUUGAUGAAGACGAAGUGAUUGAUCCGACAGAAGGCAACGCUUUGGAGGCGAGAUACGCCGCACCGCACGUCGAUGAGGAGCUCUGCACCGAAGCGAACGAGACUGGAACUCAGCGGAGGUCUUUACAAGGCUUCCAUUUCACUCCCCAGUCCAUGACUUUCAGCCCGACUAGCACAAAUCAUGGUUCCCAGCCGACUCCGAGAGAUCAUGACGGCUUUGCCAUUGGCAUCGCAGACUCGAUAGAAUCGUCUCAAGAGGAACCCGCCGGAAUCGAAUCUAAAGACGGGAUCGUCGAAGGCGACAUGGUAUCUAUGUUCGACGGGCUGGGAAUCAGAACCACAGGCGUGCACGCACGUCGGUCACAGCAGUUCUCCCGUCCCCAGGGGCAGGUGUUCAACGACGACGAUCUGUACUUUGACGAUGGAGAGUUCGGCGACGUGGCCUUGGACAUGUCCGGCACCACGUUUGAUGAACAGAUGUUUGAUGACGAUGCGGGUCAGAUCCGUGACAUCCCAGCGGAGAAUGCUCGGAGAUUUGAGGAGGCACGACAGUUGGCCGGGAUUGACGGGGAAGUCAAAGCGGUUGUCCCUGGAGAUGAUCAGGCAGAUGUGACGGCGUGGUCGAAACCGGAAAAAUCCCAACAAGGCUCACAACAUUCCGCAGGUCAUGAGCCUGUCAGCCCAGAGUCGCCCUCGCCUGGAGGCCAUGUGGCAGGGCUGACUGAAACGAACCUGGCUGCUUACCACGACGCACUGGCCUUUGCAGCAAACCAGGCGGCGGCAAGUGGGAAAUUUGACCGAAAAGUCAGCUUUGGCCAAACCUCGGAUGACUCGUCUCUAUCCCGGCUGGAAGAUAGCCAACAAGGAGUGAUCUCGGAUGACAGUCGAUUCAGCAACCAUUUGAGUUCUGCCAUCGCCGAGGAUGAUGGCUUUCCUUUUGACGACGACCUUGCCGACGAUCCCAUGAUAGCUGAGGCCAAUGCGGAGGCUUUGGCGAAUGACGAUGACGGCUUCUACGGACAGGAGUUUGGGUUCUACGCCCGGUCGCAUGGCAAAGGAAGUUCGGAGCCCGUUAACGGCGGGUAUUUUGCCGAACGUGGUUCCAAUGGCAUCAAACGCAGCCACAGUGGCAAAGCCACCUUUCAAGAGCCUAGUUUGACCCCGAUCACCGAGCGGAGUGAAUGGAGUACGAGGAAUUCGGUGGUUUCCCUUCAGCUUCCCGGGGGCGUUCCCGCUUCGGCGCAAUCCAUGCCCAGCCCCGGGAUUGCGCAGCUCCUGGAACUCGACUCGCCUGGGUAUGACGAGGACAUGAGUUUCAGCUCCCUGAUGAAACUCCGUGGACGAACGUUUGGCGGCAGUUCCUCCAGCGUGAACAGUCUAGGGAGUGGUUAUGCGCCGAGUUCACCGCUGGCUCAUGUGUCCAGUCAUCCGUUCGCGCAAUCGGAUAUUGGUCUUGGGCGGAUGUCGUCGUCUAUGCAGCGCCAGUCGUCUUCGGCGGGGAUUCCGGAAUCCGAGGAAGAGAAUGACGAAGAUGGCGACCGGCCAACGUUGACGCAGAACACGCCGCGGAAGCAUUCGGGCGAAGUCGUGGCAUUGAAGUCGCAGGAAGAUCUGGUCUUGACCCCGGCCUCGUUUGAGGGGGAAAGACGAAAAGGUCACCACAGUCGGACCAGUAGUGGCGCGGACAGUGUUAGUUAUGCGCGUGACACGGAUGGACGGUGGGUUCUGGAGAGGAGACGGACGGAUGAAGACAGCGGAACGGAAUUUGUCGAUCGAGAAUAUAUAGCGGGAGCUCGAAUUUGA